AUGAUGCUGUCCACGGGGCUAGGCACAGGAAGGUUCAGGAAGCACCAGAUCCCAUCCAAGACAGCCCACUUACAGGCUCAGUGCCCCUCUGUCUCCGGGAGGAAUUACCCACACCGCUUCAGACACUGGCUUCUACGGCGCUUCCCGUCGGGGCAACCUUAUCCGAAUCGUGACUCCCGGGCACUCAGAGAACCCUGCGCACUUCUUUCGAGUCACUCAGAAGACACGUCCUUGCUCUUUCUCGCAUCCAAGAACCGUCAGGGUUCCACAAGGGUUGGGCCGGAGCCUGGCCCCCAGGCCGAAGACCGGUGCGCAGCAGGUACCCAACAGGCGCGCGCGGGACAAAGGAAGAGCCCCCGGCCACCCCCAACCCCCGGCCGCCGCCCCCCACGCCGGGGCUGCAGCAGGGCCAGGGGCUGCGGCGGGGUCCGGCCGGCCACGUGGCCCGCGUGCCCCGCCCCUCUGCGCCCGCCGCACCCGGUCCCCCGCCCCUCCGCCCGCACGCCGGCAGCACCGACGCCCCGGGCCCUGACGCCGCAGAGCCGCGGGCGCAACGCCGGGCGCCCGCCGCCCCCCCCGCCCCGGCCCCUGGGGGCCUCCGCGGCGCGUGCGGCUCCUCUGGGCGCGGGCUGCGGUACUCACACCUGCCAAGGACGCGGCGACCAAGGAGGAGGGCUCGUGGCGCGGGACGGCUGGGGAAAGGAAGAGGUGGCCCGGCCGCGCACGGGAAAUGAAGCAGCGGGAUGUACCACGCGCCGCGGACAGCGCACGCAGGGGAGGCGGCUCCCGCGCACGCCCGCCUCGCCGCCAGAGCCCUCGGCGCGGCGCGACGCUCCCCGCGGCCGCAAAGACGGAAGGCAGUGGGAGACCACCACGGGGCUCGCUGCGUCCCCACGGGGCUGGAACGGGCGGCCGGGACCAGGACCGCAGCUCGCCUACCCUCCUCCGCUGCCGGCGCAGUGGACUCGUCGGGCCGGGGCGGGGCGGAAGAGCCCGCACGCGCCCGAGGACGCGCGGCGCGGGGCGGGGCCGGGUGGCGCGCGGGGCGGGGCCGGGUCGUGCGCGGGGCGGGGCCGAGUGGCGGGGCCUGCGCGCCUGCGCCCCCAAAGCUGGCGAGACAAAGGGGAGGGCCCGGCCGGCCCCGCACCCAGCGCCCCGCCCCGCGCGGCCGGCCGGGCCGGCCCGGCCCCCGCCGUGCGGCCGCCGCCCCCGGCGCCCGGGCCGCGGCCCCGCGUGGCCGUGAAGAUGGCCUUCCGCAAGGCCUACUCCAUCAAGGACAAGCUGCAGGCCAUCGAGCGCGUCAAGGGCGGCGAGCGGCAGGCUAGCGUGUGCCGCGACUUCGGUGUGCCGGGCGGCACGCUGCGCGGCUGGCUCAAGGAUGAGCCCAAGCUGCGCUGGUUCCUGGAGCAGCUGGGCGGCGAGGUGGGCACGCAGCGCAAGAAGAUGCGGCUGGCCAACGAGGAGGAGAUCGAUCGCGCCGUCUACUCGUGGUUCCUGGCGCUGCGCCAGCACGGCGUGCCGCUGUCAGGGCCGCUCAUCCAGGCGCAGGCCGAGGCCUUCGCGCGCCAGAUCUAUGGGCCCGAGUGCACCUUCAAGGCCAGCCAUGGCUGGUUCUGGCGCUGGCAGAAGCGCCACGGCAUCUCCAGCCAGCGUAUCUACGGCGAGGCCGAGCCUCUGGCCGCGGGCCCCGCGCCCGGCCCGCCUGUCAAGCAGGAGCCCGCGCAGCCCCCCGGCUCCAGCUCCGGGCCCCUGCCCGACCGGGCCCCGGCCCCGCCGCCCCCCGCCGAGGGCGGCUACGGCGACGAGCAGAUCUACAACGCAAACGUCACUGGCCUCUACUGGAAGCUGCUUCCGGAGCAGGCCGCGCCCCUGGGCGCGGGAGACCCUGGCGCGGGAGGCUGCGGCCGGCGCUGGCGGGGUGACCGGGUGACCGUGCUGCUGGCCGCCAACCUGACCGGUAGCCACAAGCUGAAGCCGCUGGUCAUCGGGCAGCUGCCGGACCCGCCUAGCCUGCGCCACCACAACCAGGACAAGUUCCCCGCCUCCUAUCGCUACAGCCCGGAUGCCUGGCUCAGUCGCCCUCUGCUGCGGGGCUGGUUCUUUGAGGAGUUCGUCCCCGGCGUGAGGCGUUACCUGCGUCGCAGCUGCCUGCAGCAGAAGGCCGUGCUGCUGGUGGCCCACCCGCCCUGCCCAAGCCCAGCUGCCAGGAUGCCCGCUCUGGAGGAGAGCGAGGAGACCCUCCGGCGGUGUCGGCCCGAGCCCCUCAGCCCCCCAGAAGAGCUGCAAACCCCGGAUGGUGCCGUGCGGGUGCUCUUCCUGUCCAAGGGCAGCAGCCGGGCACACAUUCCUGCCCCAAUGGAGCAGGGGGUCGUGGCCGCCUUCAAGCAGCUAUACAAGCGGGAGCUGUUGAGGCUAGCUGUGUCUUGUGCGGGGGGCUCCCCGUUGGACUUCAUGCGCAGCUUCAUGCUCAAGGACAUGCUCUACCUGGCCGGCCUCUCCUGGGACCUGGUGCAGGCAGGCAGCAUUGAGCGGUGCUGGCUGCUCGGCUUGCGGGCGGCCUUCGAGCCCCGGCCCACUGAGGAGUGUGUUGGGCAGCCAGCCGGCCAGGCCGAGGAGGCUGCAGAGCACAGCCGGGUGCUCAGCGACCUCACGCACCUGGCAGCCCUGGCCUACAAGCGCCUGGCGCCCGAGGAGGUGGCCAAGUGGCUGCAUCUGGACGAUGAUGGGGGGCUGCCCGACAGCUGCAGGGAGGAGGCAGGCCCUGGCCGGCCCCCUGUGCUGGCGCCUGCUGCCCCUCUACCCCCAGCCAGCCUACCCUCUGUCAUGGGAGGUGGGGAGGAGGAGGAGGAGGCUGCCGUGCCCACUGCUGGGGAGGCUGUCCGGGGUCUGGAGACAGCUCUCCGGUGGCUGGAGAAUCAGGACCCCCGGGAGGUGGGGCCACCAAAGCUGGUGCAGCUGCGCUCACUGAUCAGCAUGGCCCGGAGGCUGGGGGGCAUUGGUCCCUCUCGUGCAGUCCCUGAGGAUGGGGUGUGACCAAGCCAGCCAGAGUGGCCCCCCACCGGCUGUUCUCCUGCUGCACUUGGAGGGAGGAGACACGCACAGUCUUCCAUCUCCCCUCCCUCUUUCACCUGGGAUGGCCCACCCCAUGGCCCAGGGGUGUCCAGGGAUCCCGGCCCCCAGGCUGGUCUGGAGGGGCUCUGUUGUGGAGGAUCAUCCUGCUGCACUGGCCCCCCCCAUUCUCCUGAGGGGGAGCUGGAAGAGGGGCCCUGGGCUCAUACACCUCCGCCCUGGGCAAGCGCACUCGUGGUGUCUGUGGUUUUUGCCAGGGUCCCUUGCCGUGCACAACAUAGCGCGCUAAUCAGAGCAGCUCUCGGUUUUCCGGCCCUGGCCCUUAUUGGGCUCCAUGCCUGUCCGUACCUCCUGCCCUCCUCCGGGGUGGCCCAUCACAUGCACUGGACAAGGGGCCAGCACUCCUGUAAGUCUAGAGCCCUGGUGCUUCAUGGUUCCUAUGCCACAGCCAUGCAGUCUCCAUGCGGAGAUCUCCAUGCGGAGUCCGUUUUUACAGAUACCCUGCUGGGGGCCAGGGUGGUGUCUCAUUCCCCAGCCCGGGGCUGGUCUUGGAGGUUGGCUCUGUAGAGGCUGGGAAAGGAGGAUGGUGCCCAGCAAAAUUGGGGAUCCUCACGAUCCAGAUGCAGCAGCAAGUGUAGAGUUCUGUUCCACUGGGAUUGUUAGUUUUCCUUAAGAAAAUUCCAUUCCCAAACUGCUCUCUUAUUCUAUGGGGUUAGCAGCCUUCUAGACUUGGGCCCCUGGUGACUUGGCCAAUGACUGAGCGAGCUCCCUGGACCAGCAGCCAGGCCCAGAGCCACGCCAUCUACCCGGAGCAGGCCUGUGAUACUGACAGCCAUACGGGGACAAUCCUACAGUGCCUUAGUGCUCCUCCACUGGAACUCCUGGCACUGCCAAGGGUAUGGCUAAGGAGCUGCUUCCCGUAGCCCCAGGGACUGGGCUUCUGAGUGGGUCCGUUUGAGAGGAGGAGGAAAGGGCUCGUGUGAGUGGCUCCGUUUGAGAGGAGGGGGAAAGGGCUCAUGUGUCUGGCCAGCUCUAAGUUCAGAGUCCUGCGAUGCCUGUGCCUCCGAGGGACGGCCUUUGGGGAUGUGCUGCCCAGAGCGCUUGUGAGAGGCAGGGGCCAGGUCUGAGGUGCUGCCUGCCUCUGUCCUCCCUUCACCCCCACCUGCCCCACAUCCUCCUGUUGUAGCCAGGCGGCUGCAGGCACAUGGUGUGUCUGUGGGAGGGGGUGGCCAGGCACUGCCGAGGCAGCUGGAGGGAGCCCCCAGAGCAGCUUCCCCACAAGUCUGAGAACAUAAAUUGUUCCAUGGAACUGUCCCCGGUCAGAGUGUGUGUGUGUGUGUCACAUGUGUAUCUCAAUUCUGAAAGUUGAGGGAAGGUGUGAAGAAUUUGGGAGCAGGGGCCCCCGGCUGGGGCCCCUCUGGCCCCUCCACUUACUAGCUUCCUCCAGCCCGUGCCCCUACAGGCACCUCUGGCCGUCUGUGGCUGGCGUCUUGGCUGGCCAAGCAGCUGGCACAGGGCUUCAGCAAGUCUUACGUUUUGUAACAUCCGAUGGCAACUCAGGGACCUAGGGCUAGGAGGCCCUGGCCUUUGCUCUGCCAGGCCUGCCCCCGGGGGAGUCUGGAGAGGCAGACCUCAGGGCCCCCAUGGGCACUGGGUGAAGACAAGCCAGUGUGCAGGCUCUGCUAAAACCGCCCUUGACCUGCGUGUUCUGUGGGGAUGAUACUAAGCUGCAACCCUCAGAGGGAGCCGUCUGAGAGGCACAGCCUUGCCCAAGGGGGCUAUAUGCCCGGGAAGCCACCCCCAGACAGCCGGAGGGCUGCAGAGCACCAUGUCGGCAUGUGGUGAAGGGAAGAGUGUGCCCUCCAAGGACCCCCAGCCCGGGUCCCAGCCCAGCAAGUCAGGAUUGCUGCGGGGAGCCCGGGAGGGGGGCUGGGCGCUGUUUGUGCCCAGAUAAGGGUGCCCACAGGCUAGCCUUGACUCCAGGGGCUUGUCCUUGAGGACCAUGGGCUUUUGGGGUGCAUGCUCUAUUGAGGGACCUUUUCACACCCAUCCUUGAGGGGGGAAUUCACCCAGUCAGGUGGGCCCAAUGUGCUUUAUAAUAAAGGUUCGUGUCAACUUCA